UGGGGAUGUCGUGGGGCUGGGGUCUGCAGUGCUCUGCGGGGGGAAAAAACGAGCCCUGAGGGUGGGAGCUUGCCCCAGCAGCCAGGGGUUUUUGGCAGAGCCCAGCCAGCAGCAGGGCUGGGGCCGAGGGCCGCCAUCGCCAGCCAAGUUUCUCUGCCCUUUCCCCACCUCCCUGCCCGCUCGAGCCUCAUGCACGUCGUGGCACCGCCGCCGCCACUUCGGCUCCCACCCGGGGCCUGUCCCGGCGUGGGGCAGGUGCCCCACAGGGGGGCUGCGAGCACGGUGUCGGGGCCACAAACCCCCCCCUCCCUGCCCCCCCCAGAAGCCGAGCGGCAGCGCCCGUCCGGGGACGACGAGGACGUUUCUCUUCCCCGGUCCACUCCCCCCGCUUUCGGGCUGCCUGCCCUCCACGCAGGAGACGAGGGAUUUCACAACCCAGCCCAGACAGGAUUAAAGAGAAAUACACAAGUAAACAAAAUAGCGGCCUCGUAAAACUGGACGGGCUGCGCGGGGAGCAGAGCCUCUCCUCUGCCGGGCCGCCCGGGUCAAACUGCCCCUGUCAGAGGAAAGGAGUUGCUUCCUGUUAUUUCCAUUGAAAUACUUGUCCCGGUCGGUAGCCCGCAGGCUUUCGCAGGAUGGCACCGUGCGUGCGGACGGGCUCCGGCCGCCUCUCCCGAGGGCUCCUCCUGCUCUGGGCGCUGUUGGGGCGCGGGCUGUGCCACACGGACGUCAAGGCGGAGGGCUUCGGCCAGGAGGCGAGGACGAGCCCCCCGACGGCCAUGUACAACUCCACAGAGACGUACAGCACCAUGGCGGAGAAGUGCUGGGAGCUCUUCGUUGACCUGAUGAGGAACGUGACGGCGCCGCAGCUGUGCGAGUGGAAGGUCAUCAGCAGGCCCUACAGCUUGCUGCAGGCGUGCCUGGAGGGCUGGGCCGACCACCUCAAGUACGGCUACCCCAACGCGCUGGCCGAGCAGUUCAUCUUCCAGAGCCACUACCGCUACUUCCAGAACUGCUCGGCGGGCAACCAGGUCUUCGACCCCCCCGAGGACGUGCUGCUGGCCAUGAUCAUCGCCCCCAUCUGCCUCAUCCCCUUCCUCGUCACCGUCGUCAUCUGGCGCAGCAAGGACGGCAAGGCGCAGCCCUAGGCGCCGCCACCACCGCCGAAAACCGGCCGGGGGGACCGGCAGCGCCCCCGCCGCCAUGCUCGGUGCCUGGUGCCGGGCUCCCGGUUGCUCGCGUGCCGGGGAGCGGGUGCGGGUGGGUGCUGCCCCGAGGGGUCCGGCCCUCUGCCGGGGUGCAGCGGCUUCACCCACCCUCCCGGUGCCGCCCUGACCACCCGCCGGCUCGCGGCGGGCUAGUAAAGGCUGCUUGCCCCGA